ACCAUGGCAAUAAUUUCACAGUUUACAGUACUGUGUCCAGCUGUCUUUGAUGGUACGGGACGGGACAGGUACGGGAUAGCGCCAGGCAUGCCGACGGCACACACAAACAAACAGACACGGAAUUAAAGCUGUGUGGACCCUGGCUAGCUGCCAGACGUUACUGAAGUAACGUCUUUUGCAUAGCUACGGGAAUAAUAAUAAAUGACAGACACUGGACACCCAUGUAGACAAAGCCAGAAGCUGUGCACUCUGGGUUUCAGCCUUCAGGUAGGGGCGAAACCCAGAGUAUAUUAUCGAAUACUCGAGCACUCGCUCGAAAAUUUGAAAAGAGCGAGUACUCGUUCCGGGAAAAUACUCGAAACGUACUAGGCACUACUGUAUCCAUGUACAUCAAGUACUUCUGUUGCUCUGACCAGUACUUACAGCCCAGACAAGUGUGACUACUGUUGCUCUGACCAGUACUUACAGCCCAGGCAAGUGCGCCUACUGUGGCCUAGCACCUCCAGAUCUGAAUCUUGUGAAAGUCCAGUGCUGUUUGAUAGUAACAAGUAACUUGUGAGAAGUGCUUGGCAAGACUUCAUGUAUCGGGUGUACUACGUUCCAUGUGACCAGAAUGUGUGCAGUGCAUUGUUUAUGUUGUCAGUAAAAUACUCGUACUCGCUCGAAUACUCGCUCGUUUUUUCAACGAGUACUCGAGUCCUCGAUUUUGGCACUCGUUUCACCCCUAGUUUCAGGUGCUCCUGUUGGUACAGUAAAACCUGCCCAAACCGGACGCCCUUGGUGCUGCAGAAACUGUCCUGAUAUGACAGGAUUCCGCUUGAUCCAGCGAUGCAUAUUCGAUCCGCAGCGCUGUCGGUGCAUACAAAUUAUUUGUCUGGUCAAGACGGGAUUCCCGGCUUGGUACAGGGGGCGGCAAACACAGUUGUGACUGUUAUUUGCAAGACUGGAUGGUGCACUGUACAUGUGCUGUCGCUAGCACUUGCAAGACUAGGUUUACAGCACUGUUUGUUACUGUCUGUGUACUCACUGUCUGUCUACUCACUGUCUGUCUACUCACUGUCUGUCUACUCACUGUCUGCCUACUCAUUGUCUGCCUACUCAUUGUCUGCCUACUCAUUGUCUGCCUACUCACUGUCUGUUUACUCACUGUCUGCCUACUCAUUGUCUGCCUACUCACUGUCUGUUUACUCACUGUCUGCCUACUCAUCGUCUGGCUUCUCACAGUCUGUCUACUCACUGUUUGCCUACUCACCGUUUGUCUACUCACUGUCUGGCUUCUCACAGUCUGUCUACUCACUGUCUGUCAACUCACUCUCUGCCUACUCACCGUCUGCCUAUCCAUCAUCUGCCCCCUCAUUGUGUUUCAAUGGAGGUUUACAGCACUGGUUGUCACUGUCUGCCUACUCACUGUCUGCCUACUCACUGUCUUCCUACUCACUGUCUUCCUACCCAUAGUCUGCCUACUCACUGUCUUCCUACCCAUAGUCUGCCUACUCACUGUCUUCCUACCCACAGUCUGCCUACUCACUGACUGCCGCAAGUUACCCAUUGUCUGUUUAUUCAUUGUCUGUCUUCGCAUUGCCUGUCUCCUCAUUGUGUUUCCAUGCAGGUGUGCUUGAUGAGGGAACAUGGAUGUGUCAUGACACUAGAGGUUUUGCAGAAGCUACAGCAUGGAUGCUGGUAACCCGUUUGACUCGGAAACGUUCAUCUGUGACAUUCAGCCAUGGCUGAAUACAGUGCCUCCGGAGAGGCUGCGCACUGCGGCCAUACGGGCUCACCUCAUCACGGAUCGUGCUACGAUUGCCACACUGAGACGGACUCUGGCCAACAUUGGUAGUGCGGAUCACAACGAAGCGCUUGUCGAAUCAAUCGUCGCCGAAGGCCCGAGUGCUUACCAGAAGCUGUGUAGUGUCGUCAAGACACUCGGGUACGUUGACAGGCAUGAGCAAAUGGUUCAACUUCUUCGGCGGCCGGGUCCUCAGCUGGAUGCAGGCAGCUCAUCGUGUGCAGCAGGUAAUGCGUUGAGAAUAGUCCCUACAGCAGCAACAGCAGCAGGUGCAGUAGCAGGUGCAGUAGCAGCAGCAGCAACAACAACAGCAGAAGUGGCAGUAGCAUCAGUAGAAGCAGCACCAGUAGCAGCAGAAGUGGCAGCAGCAGCAGUAGCACCAGCAGCACCAGUGGCAGCAGCAGCAGCAGCACCAGCAGCAGCACCAGUGGCAGCAGCACCAGUAGCAUCACCGCCAGUGGCAGCAGCAAAAGGUGAGCAGGGUGAUGUGCCGCCACCGCCGCAGGUGCAGCGUGCCCAAGAUCUUCUAGCCGCUCGUUAUCGCCGUGCUAGGGACCGGUUUAUCCCCGGGAUGAUGCCUGAGGGCACGGUCCCAACUGUAGAGAAUGUUCAAAUCAACUUGCUCAUGCUGCCAAAGGGUAGUCUGAGCGACGUGUUUGUCCCAAGCGAAGACUCCAGCUCUGACUUCAGACGCCCAGAGCACGUGUUCCUCGAGGCUGGACGGACGAUGCAGCCAGUGCAGUUGGAGUCAGUCAUCGGAGACGCGGCAAGUGAUAAUCGGCAAGCAGAGCCAGGCAGUACGGUGGGAACAAUAGCUGUGGCUAGUGCCGGCUGUGGGAAGACGUUUGCGUUCACCAAGGUGGCACCACUGAAGUGGGCUAUGGGACAGCUAUGCCAGCGCAAGAAACUGCUUAUAGCAAGGGAGCUGCAUCAUGAGGAUGUGAAAAUGGCAAAGUCGCUCAGCGGUUUGCUUGGUCUUGAAGGAAUCGGAAUCGAGGACAGCCACGAUCGGCAAGUGAUCUGCGAGUAUGUACGAGCUCAGCCCGACGCCUUGUGUCUGGUUCUGGACGGGCUGGACGAGAUCAACUUUUCAGAAUGCAGUAGCUUUGUGCAAGGCGUGAUUCAGGGUGAAGAGCUGCCGGGUGUGCACCUCAUUGUGACUUCACGCCCGUGCCCGGACGUUUUCAGCUUGUCUGCCAUGCCUCACUUUCAACAGCACAUCGAGCUAGUGGGGUUUCAACCAGAUGAUGUUCAGAUGUACGUCAACAAAGUGCUCCGUUCUGAAAAAGCUGCCCAACUAACUGCCGAGAUAAAGCGAUCGGACUAUCUGCGUGGAAUGAUGGCCACGCCGUUCAUUGCAAAGCAGGUUUGUACGGUGUACCAUGUUGACGAUUUCAUCCCUCAGUGUAUAGCUGAUCUGUUCGAGCAGAUGGUGGUGCAGAUCGCCGAGCGGAAAUGCGCUCGCAAACUCGGCCGCUGGACUGCCAUACCGAAAGCCGUACGGGUUCUGAUCGUGGACAUAGGGGAGUUUGCGUACAGCAUGCUGACGAAAAUGCAGUUGAUCUUUAGCGAGGAGAAUGUCCAGGAGUAUGCUCUGAGCGAAGAAGCCAUCUGUCUUGGUCUGUUGGUAACCUGCGAAGAGUCUCUAUCAAAGGAUGCAGUCAGGCAGUAUCGCUUCAGCCACUUGACUGUCCAAGAGCAUCUUGCAGCCAUCUAUCAGUCACAGGCGCUGCUGCAUGACCAACGCAUUACCAAGGCCAGUAUUGUUCAACUUGUCGACAAUCUUGGUGCUAAUAGCGGUCAUUUGACAAUGUUCUGGACACUGCUCUGUGCACGGCUGAAUGCUGGUCAAGCGGAGUGGCUUCUCAAUGCACUCAUGAAGCACGGAUCAUCUCUACAAGUUGACAGAUACGUUUUGAAUGACCUUAGCCGACCUAGCACUACUUUGUUCCCGUUCAAUUUCAUCCUGCCUCUGAGUGAAGUACUAACACCUGAGCUGAUGCCUAAGCUUGCAGGUGAGCUACUCCGUGAUCCCUUUAGUGGGCCCAAUGCAUGUGACUAUGUCAUAUCAAGGAUCCCGAAAGAAGGCCGGGCUUCAUCUGAUGUAGCCUGGCUAAGAGUUCUCCUCUCGGAGUGGCAGGAUGGCGUCGAAGAUGCCAAUCUUGGCAGUCUCCUGCAGUCAUUGGGCAAUGUUAGCCCCGGACUCAGACAGUACUGCAAGGAUAAACUUCAUGGCCAACACAUGAACUGGAGUGGACAGUGUAUUAAGGAUAUGUAUUCCUUCAAUUCGCCUCUUAUAUUCUCAUGCUUCGCAGAGUUUGCUGUCCACCAGAAAAAGGCUGAUUGCCCACUACCAUCAGUUGGUGUUGUGCUCCGCUCGCAAGAACUCCACAUCAAUGGGACUGCCCACCCAGCAGAUUGCCGUUCCAUUGACGCGGUCCUGAAGCAUCAUCGAUCCACCGCGAUCCAGAGCAUCUCAGUUGACCACUGGACAUCGUCAAAUGCAGCUCAGUUCCCAUCAUCCUUGGCACUAUGUUCUGGAAUCCAGGAAUUGCGUGUAGGGCGAUGUUCGGAUGAUUCUGUCAUUAAAAUCGUCAUGAAUGCCAUCAAGACUUCAAGUAGCAGCUUGACGACGCUGAAUAUCUGGGGGAAGUUGUAUGUCGCACUCCCAUUGCCUUCUCUCUGUGGGGCUUUGCCACAAUGGUCACAUCUCACAGAGCUGGAUCUCAGCAGCACUGAUUUCCGUGCUCCUGAAAAUGCGGGUCCAAGCCGUCUGCAGAGUAUGCCGUCAUGCCAACAGCUUGAAACGCUACGUUUACGAUCAUGCCACUUGACCUUCUCCACAGGCGUAGCCAUGGUGACAGGACUGGCCGAGAAUAGUAGUCUUCGUAAACUUGAUUUGGGAGAUAAUCCUGAUCUCGGGGACGAUGCCUUUGUGGAGAUAUGCCGUGUACUUCACAACCGGACGGAAAUGACCUUAGUCACAUUGUCGAUGUGCGGCUUGACUGCAGUUUCGCUGCCAUCCAUAAUCGUGGGUCUUCUCCGCUGGACGCAGUUGGAGGUGUUGGAUAUCAGCAACAACAAUUUCAGCAUGGAAGCAACCGACACUCUCCGUUGUGAGCCUUACUCUAUUACAUCGGAGCCCCGUAAACUGCUAGCGAUCUCCUUGAUCUCAUGUAGUCUAACUUCUGGCACUGGUAUCGCCUUGGCAACCUGCUUGGCUGGCAUCAAAUCGGUCUUUUUUCUGGACAUGAAGGAUAAUCCGGAAUUAGGAGACCAUGGUGCCGCCCAGAUUUUGCAAGCAUGUCGAGAGUGCUCGCACAUGAGAAUACUCUGCCUUGCACGGUGUGGACUAACGUCAUCGUGUCUACCAGCACUGACAGCAGCCCGCCAGUGCUGGACACACCUACAGGAGUUGGACAUCUGCUUCAAUGACUUGAGCGAUAUCAGCUCAAGCCAAGUCGCUGGAUUCACUGCUGCCAACUUCGGCCGCAGCAGCUUAGCGACAUGCUCCGUGUACCUUUCUGAGCCUCUGCCUGUGUUUAACGAUCUUCCCUAUUUUAAGAUCGUCUCUCCAGAGUCGUAUCCCGGGCCGCGGCAAGAAACAGGUCUGGCACGAGAAUGGGCGUAGGUGUGUGCGUGCGCGUGAGUCUGAAUUCCGUACCAUGCCGGUUUCCGCCCUGAACGGCAACACAUCCACCCCUGUAUGCAGUGCUAUUCAGCACAGUGAAGCCUGUGUACUCUUGAUGAACACUAACGCUAAAUCUUCUCGCACUGAGCACCGCGUGGCAUUGUUCAGAACUGGUCGACAACGGCGGCUGGUCAUUAGCUUGAACAUGGCCUGGGCAGACAGUUGUAUAUUAUAUUCAUGAUAAUUAUUGUAGUGCCAGUGUCAUACCUGGCAACCGUCCCGAUAUUGAGGGUGGUCAUAGGCACCCAAACAUUCAUUUGUCGCAUGCCCACACGUCUGCAUUUGUAUGCAAUGUUCAUACCUAGGCAUGGCAUUGUCCCGAUGUCACGUUUGCCGGAAAAGGUUGGCCGGUUUGUAUGCAGUACGGUAGAUAGGAAUACUGUUGACACGACUAUUAGCGCCGCUAUUUUACGCGGCAUCACCGACUCAUAGCUCACUAGGGAGAAGUGUGACUAGCUUCACCCUUGCACCCCCUGAUCAUCACUAGUAUAAUGCUAUGCUCAUGUCGGCUUACAAUCUAGGGGAAAAACGCUGCGUUUUUAACAUUUUCUAUAGCAGAGAGUCGUCGCUGUGUGCUUCUGAUGAUGAUUUAAGUAUAGACAGGUUGAUUAUUAUUAUGAUAAGAAAACAUUUAAUUUUUUACUAUAGAGCUCUGCUGCACCAUCUCUCAAUAAUUAUUAAUAUUUUGAUGACCUGGCCAGUGAUUUUCCUUGCUUGAUUCUAUCACGAUUUGAUUGAAUGAAUGAGAAAAUAUGAGCACGUA